CUGGCUCGCGGAAGGAGGAGCGCGGCGAGCGCGCACGCCCAGAACAGCCCGAGCCCCGAUUGCAGGCGACGCCCCAGAGCGGAAGAGGGAAGUGAGGGCCCCGGGCUGCGGGCUCCUGCCGGGCUGGGCUGUACUGAGGAAGAGGCGCACCCAGAGGAGGCCUUCGCUGCCGGUCCGGAUCCGGGAUGUCGAAGAACACGGUGUCGUCGGCCCGGUUCCGGAAGGUGGACGUGGAUGAGUACGACGAGAACAAGUUCGUGGACGAGGAGGACACGGGCGAUGGGCAGGCCGGGCCCGAUGAGGGCGAGGUGGACUCCUGCCUGCGGCAAGGAAACAUGACAGCUGCCCUACAGGCAGCUCUGAAAAACCCCCCUAUCAACACCAAGAGUCAGGCGGUGAAGGACCGAGCAGGCAGCAUUGUCUUGAAGGUGCUCAUCUCUUUUAAAGCUAAUGACAUUGAAAAGGCAGUUCAAUCCCUGGACAAGAAUGGUGUGGAUCUCCUCAUGAAGUAUAUUUAUAAAGGCUUUGAGAGCCCCUCUGACAAUAGCAGUGCUGUGUUAUUGCAGUGGCAUGAAAAGGCACUUGCUGCUGGAGGAGUGGGGUCCAUUGUUAGAGUCUUGACUGCAAGGAAAACCGUGUAGCCCAGCAGGAACUGGAUACCUCCUGUGGGUGUAGGAGUUGCUGGUACAAAGACCAAAACAACCAAAUGCUCCCGCUGCCCUUUGGGUAGCAUCCAUUUCUCUCAGCUUUGCCUUCUCGCUUCCUUUUUCGUAACUAAAGAAAAUUGCAUAUCAGUUUUCCUGUAAUGAAAAUUGGGAUAAUGUAGAGGACAUGUUUCAGGAGGAGCGUUUUCAUGCUUUCAAAAACUAUAUCAGUCACGUGUAUACCAAUCUGUAUAUAGUAUAAUUUACGUUCAAAUGUAAUUGUGCAAUUUUUAACCCCUAUUGGCCAUUGUUUGUUUUAUUUUUUCAGGUGUUUUGUUUUUUGUUUCAAGUUUUUGUUGUUUCAUUUUUGACUAACCGUGAGAGAUUUGAGGCCAGUUUCCUAACUUUGCUAGCCAGGAAGUGAUCUUUAUAAAAAAUAUGUAUGAGAGACUGGCAGCUAUUAACAUUGCAAAACUGGACCAACUUCCCUUAUUUAAGUAAAAUAUGUUUCUGGAACAAGUGGUGAGUGAACACCACUACCACAUUCCAGCUUUGUUUCUGCUUGCCUCCAGAUGAUGUGCAUUUAAGUAUGCUUCUUUUAUUCAGCAUCCAGUAAUCAUGGCCUCUUGAUUUCUAUGUGGUCACCCAGGGUCCAGAGCAAGGAGUCUUGCUCUACACAAGUGUAUCUACAAAAUUACCAGAGCCUGUUUGGUAUUAGCAUAAAACUCUUGUUCCAAUAAUAUGGCCCCAUUUGGGGAAACUACUCCAAAUCAGAAAAGAUGUAGAAAUGAUGAUGUUGUUCAAACUCUGGGCAGCCUCUUAAUGAAAUGCUAUUUUCUUGAGAAAUACGGCCACUGCCUUAGCCAUUAUGAGGUGUGUAACUAGUAUUGAAUAUGCCCUAUAAAUGUCUCCAGUGUUCUUCAGGGUAAUUGGGAUCUCAAAAGAUUUGGUUCAGAUCCAAACACAUUACAUGUCCUGUAUUUUAGCUCAGUGUUUUUUUAAAAAAAGAAAAUGCCACACAGCAUAAAGUGUUUACUUCGUUGGACAAACCAAAUCGGUUCUCAAAAAUCGAGCGGUGCUUAUAAAAAGUAGCUAUUCAUUAGCUCCAAAACAAACCACCUGAAUGCAUAUGACCAAGAGGGAAACCAGCCUGCUUAGUAUUUGCAUUGGACACCAGUUUCAUAUCACUGACUUAUGUGAACACUGGUGCAAAAAUUCUAUAAACUCUGCUGUUUUUGAUACCUGCUUUUUGUUUUGUAAAAACAAUGUUCAGAAAAUAAAAUGUCAGUGUUGAAUAAUU